GGCUGCGCGGUGAGCAGCUUCCUGCCAAACGACCCGAGCUUGCUUCUCUGCUGCGGGAUAAGCGCUGUGGAGCCAGCCCUUGACUGUGCUUGUCGUUCACCGCAUCAGGAAAGCGGAUCCACGACUCUCGGGGUAAUGCUGAAAGGAGUAACAAGGCUCAUCUCCAGGGUCCAUAAGUUGGACACUGGACAUGUUUUGUAUAUGGGGACCCAGGCACCCCAAAGCCUUGCUGCUCAUCUGGAUAACCAGGUUCCAGUUAAGAGUCCCAGAGCUAUUUCUCGCACCAGUGAGGAUGAUCCGGCCAAGCAUAGGGAGCAGCAUGAGGGUCAGCACUACAACAUAUCCCUCCAGGAGCUGAAGACUGUCUUCCCCCAUGGCCUGCCUCCUCGCUUUGCAAUGCAGGUGAAGACAUUCAAUGAAGCUUGCCUGAUGGUAAGAAAACCAGCCCUAGAGCUUCUGCACUACCUAAAAAACACCAAUUUUGCUCAUCCAGCUGUACGAUAUGUUCUCUAUGGUGAGAAGGGAACAGGAAAAACUCUCAGUCUUUGCCAUAUUCUUCAUUUCUGUGCAAAACAGAACUGGCUGAUACUGCAUAUUCCAGAUGCUCAUAUUUGGGUCAAAAACUGCCGGGAUCUACUACAGUCCAACUACAACAAACAGCGCUUUGAUCAACCUUUAGAGGCUUCAACCUGGCUGAAGAAUUUCAAAACUGCAAAUGAACAUUUCUUGAGUCAGAUAAAAGUUCAAGAGAAGUACGUCUGGAAUAAGCGAGAAAGCACUGAGAAGGGCCGUCCUCUGGGAGAAGUAGUGGAACAGGGCAUAAUGCGAGUGAGGAAUGCCACAGAUGCAGUUGGAAUUGUGCUCAAAGAGCUUAAAAGGCAAAGUUCUUUGGGUAUUUUUCACCUCCUGGUGGCAGUGGAUGGGGUCAAUGCUCUCUGGGGAAGGACCACGCUGAAGAGAGAAGAUAAAAGCCCAAUUGCCCCAGAAGAGCUAGCGCUUAUUCACAACCUGAGGAAAAUGGUGAAAAAUGACUGGCAAGGAGGUGCCAUUGUGUUGACUGUGAGCCAGACUGGUUCUCUCUUUAAGCCACGGAAUGCUUAUCUGCCCCAGGAGUUGCUGGGAAAGGAAGGAUUUGACGCUCUGGAUCCCUUUAUUCCCAUCCUGGUUUCCAACUAUAACCCAAAGGAAUUUGAAAGUUGUAUUCAGUAUUAUUUGGAGAAUAACUGGCUUCAACAUGAAAAAGCUCAUACUGAAGAAGGGAAAAAGGAGCUGCUGUUCUUAAGUAAUAGGAAUCCCGGGCAGCUGGAGCGGCUCUGUGCCUACCUCUAAGCCAUGGUCACAAUGUGCCUGGAGGACACCAGACCUUUCUUUCAAUGGACACCCAGUCAGAUGGGGGAGUCCCACCGUACAUGAGAAGAGCAGCCAGGCGCCUGCACUCACGGACCUGCAGUGGACGGGCCUGCAGUCAGCUGCCCACCUUUGUUGAAACGGAUUCCUUGUGAAGUGACUGUGAUGGUAAUAAGAUGUUCUAUUGUUCCUGAAAUUAACACCAGUUUAUCAGAUGUGGUUUUCACAUUUUAAAUAAUCAUGUAGCUUUUCCUAAAAAAUUAAAUUAAGUAUUUUUCUUAAA